CUCCCUCCUCAGACUUUGGCUCGCUUUGGCAAAGGGAGAGCGAAGGGGAGGGGGAGGCCGAGCGGAGCUCCUUGCUUUGGCUUCCCCGCUGAGGGGUGGCUUGAGCAGCGGCGGGAGGAGGUGGCGGCGGCGGCGACGGCGGCGGCUGUGGAGGGUGGGGGAGAGAGAGCAAUGCGGCUCCGCCGCCAACAGCUCUGCCCGGACGCCACGCUUCCGCCACAGCCCCUUCCUCCUCCUCCUCCUCCUCCUCUCCCCUCCUCCGUCCUCCUCACGCCAUCACUGGGGGCCACGGCGUAGUGGCCCGCCCCCCCCCCUUCCUCCCUCCCUCCCUCAGCACCGUAGGUAUGAGACCCGCCGAGACUCCCCGCCAGCACCAAAUUCGGGAAGGAUACUGACAGCUAAAUUGCUGCCUUUAUACUGAAAAAGAGUGCCAUAAAGUGGGGAUGUCAAGAGUCCCUACUCCUUCACCAUCUGGAGAGAUGUCCAGUGGACCUGUGGCUGAAAGCUGGUGUUACACACAGGUUAAAGUUGUGAAGUUUUCUUAUAUGUGGACCAUUAAUAACUUCAGUUUCUGCCGAGAAGAAAUGGGUGAAGUUUUAAAAAGUUCAACUUUUUCUUCAGGGCCAAAUGAUAAAAUGAAAUGGUGCCUGAGGGUAAAUCCAAAAGGUUUAGAUGAUGAAAGCAAAGAUUAUCUUUCAUUGUAUUUACUUCUAGUUAGUUGUCCAAAAAGUGAAGUGAGAGCAAAAUUUAAGUUUUCUCUGUUAAAUGCAAAAAGAGAAGAAACAAAGGCAAUGGAAAGCCAAAGAGCAUAUCGAUUUGUUCAAGGCAAGGACUGGGGUUUUAAAAAAUUCAUUCGACGAGACUUUUUACUUGAGGAAACUAAUGGUCUUUUACCAGAUGAUAAGCUUACACUAUUUUGUGAGGUAAGCGUGGUCCAAGACUCAGUGAAUAUAUCAGGACUGUCCAGUACAAACACUUUAAAAGUACCUGAAUGUCGACUAGCUGAAGAUUUAGGCAACCUCUGGGAAACCACAAGAUUCACAGACUGCAGCUUUUAUGUAGGAGGGCAAGAGUUCAAAGCUCAUAAAUCUAUCCUUGCAGCUCGUUCACCUGUUUUUAAUGCCAUGUUUGAACAUGAGAUGGAGGAAAGCAAAAAGAAUUGUGUAGAAAUAAAUGAUGUAGAUCCUGACGUAUUUAAAGAGAUGAUGAGAUUCAUUUAUACAGGCAAGGCUCCAAAUCUUGAGAAAAUGGCCGACAGCUUGUUGGCAGCAGCAGAUAAAUAUGCACUUGAACGGCUGAAGAUCAUGUGUGAAGAAGCUCUGUGUAGUAACCUCUCAGUAGAAAAUGUGGCAGACAUUCUGAUUCUCGCAGAUUUGCACAGUGCAGAACAAUUGAAAGCACAAGCAAUAGAUUUCAUUAACAGGUGCAGUGUUCUUAGGCAGCUUGGCUGUAAAGAUGGAAAAAACUGGAACAACAGAACAAGAGAGGGAUUUGCUGAAAUGUCAAGCAGGGUUUCCCAGCCUUUCAGCCAAGCCACAGACAUAACAGAAACCGCAGGAUGGAAAUCGAUGAUUCACUCCCAUCCCCACUUGGUCGCUGAGGCCUUUCGGGCCCUGGCCUCUGCACAGUGUCCGCAGUUUGGCAUUCCACGCAAACGGCUAAAACAGUCAUGAAAUCUUCCAUGAACUCUCGGGAACUAACGCUUCCUUGUCCAUAUCCAGAAGGGGUUUUGCAAACCAACUGCUCAAAUAUGUGACCCUUCUCUGCAGAACAGAACCAGAAAGCUUUUAAAGAAUGGAUAAAAUGUAUGGUUUAAUAAUCAGCUUUAAAUCAGACUGAUAAUUCUCCAGUUCACUGAAAGGCCUUAACGUCAACUAUUCUAGUUCAUUUGUGAUUUUCCUGUUUUUGUUUUUUAAAUGGUGCCUCGUCGUUUUUGACUCGGCUUUGUAGGAUUGCACUAGCUCCAUAAGGCAGUAAUGCUGAUCAACGAAGACCGUUUUCAAAAGGAUCUUCUUCUCCUUUCCUUCUUUUUUUUUUUAAAAAAAAUUCCCAAAAUGAAGAUUAUCGGUUGGUCUUAUGGUAACUGGAUUUCAAUUAGCCCUCUGUUAAAAGCACUUGAACUGGGGGCAAACAAGCGCUCCAGUCCAAAAUAUUGUAUUUAGGAUGCAUCUGCCUAUCUUCAGAGAGUGCUGUCAGGCAUGCGGUGGCAAUAUACUACUCUGAAUAUAAUUUAUUUUUCAUUGGUUCAGGUGACUGAGGGAAAUAUGCAAUGUCUUGGCUCAGAAAUGUAUUUUACUAGUAUUUAUAAAUGCUUACUAUGUGAGUGUGCCCAUCAGUGGAAAAAAAAUAUAGUAAUUUUUUUUUUUUUGGCCCAUGUUGCUUUAUGAUCCAUUGUUCUUUUACCUUGUACUGAACCAGAGCGAGAGUUGGUACGGAGAGGAAAUAAGGGAUAUGUGCUGUGGAAGAAAUGGUUAUUUCUCAAAUAGAAUACAUGGGAGGUUAAGAAUGCUUAAGAGCGACCAAAUGUCGAUUUCAGAAAUGGGCCAAAAUGGAAUCUCAGUAUGCACUUUUAAUGUGUAACUUUUGUAUGUUGUGUGGUACAUAUAUAUUUUGGUUUUGAUAAAUAUGGUACAGUACUUGUGGCCUAACUUUUGAAAUACAUUAAGAUGCCCACAGCCACAUGGGAUUUAGUUUUGUUACUGCAAACAAGGAGUGCAUGACUUAGAGAUGCUGAUUUUAACUUAAUAUCUUCAAGUGUUCAUGUUAGAACCCAUUCUGUCUCCACACUUUGGGUAGGCUUAACUCUGUUCCCUUAGUGUGUGUACGCACAAGCCUAUUCUCACUAGUGAAAAUUGCACAGACACACACUUAGCAGGAAGAAUAGAAGUAUGAAAUGUCAGUAUUUAUAAGCACUGACCUGCUCUUUUUAGCCUUCAUUAUUGUACUAGCAUUGUGGAUGGUAUUGAAAUUCUGCCUAAUGUGAAAAGGAUCUUAUAAACAACCUUGUAAACUGCUUGUAAUGAAGAAAGGGUUUUUUUUAAAUUAUUACUAUAAUUAUUGUUACUAUUAUUCAAAAUUUAGCUUUAAUGCCAACACUUUUAGUGUGUGUGUUAGCAUUGUUUACAAUUGGAGGGAUUUCUCUGCAAACAUGCACAUUAGAAAUGUUUUAUUAUCAUGGAUUUACCUUAAUAAUGGUAAUGUGAUAUAUCUGUUGUGUGGGAGAAAUUGUAUUGAACCAUAAGUAAAGGGAAUUUCUUGUGCUUUUGCAUAAAAGGUCUUAGGUAGCCCAUUUGACUGACAUGCUCAAUUAAUGAAGGUUUCCUUAGUUUUUCAAAAGAUAUUCCCUCUGUUUUCAGCAGGGAAGCAUUAAUUCAAAGAUCUAAGGCACAUUUAUUCUGAAAGAUUAUUAUUUUGAAUAUAUGUAAAGAACAGUUGGGAGCAAAGAAAAAAAAAGAGUGCUUCCAAUCCAAUGCUAAAACUUGAAACAAAUCUCCAUUCUGGCUCAACUCUUUCUUUCACAGAAAAGGUCAGUGCAGAAUUUGAACAUGCAUCCUUGAAGCGCAGUUAAAAGGACCAUUUUUGUGGUUUCAAUGGCCCUGAACAUUAAUCACUGAACCAAAGUGGUACAGCAGUGUUCUAUCCAGAGAUGUGUUAUAGUUUGUAAUAUUACUAGGAAGUUUUUGUUUAUCUAAAUUAAGAUCAUGUACAGGUAGGUGUUCUAACCAGUGAAAUUAAAAGAAUGUAAUGUCCCGCAAUGAUAAAAGAAGAUUUUGCUGCACGGUAAACAACAUAUUGAUAUAAGCAACUUUGCAUUUUGAAUGUUGCAGCUUAAUAUAAAAGUGACUUGAAUAUUUAAUAGAGUGAUUGUCCAUUUCAGCUUCUUCUGGUAGUACUUGAUACAGCAGUCAAGAAGAACAUCUUAAAACAUUUUCGUUAAGCAUUUUAAAAAUUUUAAUAGCACAUUUUGUACCAAAAAUAUCAAGCACUGCGUGAUAUGAAUGAAGUACUUGUUUAAGACAUCUUAUCAAAAUUUAUAAGAUGUUGCCAUAGAUGACCUUAAUAGCCAAUCGUAUGAAUUGAACUAAUAUAUUGUUUUACUUGUUGGCUAUAGCAAAAUACUCAGUAAAGUAAAAUUAAUGUUGUUUUCUAUGGAUAAGCUAAUCCAUCUUUAUUUUCUCAAGGAACCACAUUCAGUGUUUGCAUUCUUCCAAAAGAGCUGGCAAGAACAAUCUGUAUUUUCCAUGUUUCUGUACCUACUGGCUGAAAUCUGGAAAGUUUGUGAGGAUGGGGAAGCCCACCCUUACUCCCAGAUUUUCAGCUCAAAUAUCAAACUGCUGUGUUUGGCUUGCCUGUUUUGCUCCUCUCCAUUGGCCUUCAGUAUCAGACCUCGUUCCCUGACCCCAAAGAGAGCAGCCUGCAUGUGUUGUGUUAUGGUGUAUGGGUUUCGUAAGAUUUGUUUUCUGAAACAUGGGACUCGGAUUUCUGCUAAAAGCGAUAGUUACCAUUUAAAUUACUUAUGUUGAUGAUGUUUUUCAAUGAAGGAAGCCUCAGUAACUCAUCCAGAUUUUGGCAGUCCAUUUACUGCAUGCUGACAUAUAGUGCCCUGUGGUUUUUUGAAAUGCAAGCUGAUGAAAUGAAGAAAAAAUGGAAAGUUGUGGGAGAAUUUAAAGAGAAAGACUGAUGAUAUAGAAGUCAUUAACAUUGUAUCUGGCCAGCACAUCACAGUUGUUCAUCUCUGGAGAUGCCAAAUAUUUUUUUAAAGAUAUACUUGUCUCUUGUAGCCAAUUGCAGGUUGAAAACAGCUCUGGAUAUCCUAGAAAGAGAAUUACUAAGAUAGCUAAGGUAUGCCUGGCUGCUUUUGUUUUGUAAUUCCUUGAUUUCAGUAUAGUAAUGUGAUGAGUAAUGGCUAUUUGAGAGUAAUUGGCAAGGCACUGAUGGCUCUAUUAUAAAGGGGUUCCUUCAAGUUCAGGGAGUUGAUAUUUUUGUCAACUUCCUAUAGAAGGUAUUAGGAUAACCAUUGGGGCAUGCUUUGUUUUAAAGCUAUAAAAGAUUUUUUAAACCAAUUGAUGUGUAGCCCAAAUUUAAUUUUUAUUGACUGGAUUGAUCGGAAUCCUUCCUAUGGACUCUAAUUAGUUUCAGCGCAUUGUACAGUUGCAUUGAUUUUCUUGCUGUUUUGCUUGCAGCAAAUGGACUAUCUCUGGAAAUGGAUGCACAUUAUUUUUAUCAGUGUUUGUUGUGGUUUGCGUUUAUCAUACUCUUGUAGUCUAGUUUAUGCUGGAUUUUGAUAUGUCCCAAUGAAGGUAUAUUUUUGAGUCCUGUUUUAGAAUGGAAAGAUUGGAAGAAUUCAAGCCUGUGCUUAAUUGGAAAUUAUCCAUAUUACCUAUCAUGUUAAGACAUUUGCAUCAAACCAUCCAGCCUUUUAUAUCUGCCUGAUGUUAACAGUGAAAUACUUCAGUGAGAUACUUUUUGUACCUUGUUGCUGAAAAUAUUUUUGCAUUUCAGGACAUCAAGUUACAAUAAAGUUGUUACUUAUAAAGAAA